GACAUAUGCCCCGCUGCAGCACAGUGUGUGUGGGAGAUUGCAGAGAGACCUGCCACCACAGAGACAAGACUCGAGACAAUAGCUGGGGCUGCUGGACAGAGACCUUUACUACUACUACUACUACUACUAGCCCAGUUCUUCUUCUACGUUUGUGUCUUUUUGUUUUUUGUUGUGAUUUUGUCCCCACCGCUGAGUGGUGAUCUGAUGAUCUGACGGCAUGUUGCUGGUGUCACUGCUGCUGAUGGCGAUGGAUUGCUGCCAUGGAGCUCCGGCCGGGAGAGAGGUGUACAGGAUGCCUCCGAGUGCUCUGAAAGCUCUAUCGGACCGGGGUACUGUGGUUCUGGAGGCGGCGUUGACCAGUGCUCUGUCGGCUCUGGAGCUGGCAACAUCGGAGCGGAGUCAGGCCGAAGCAGGCUGUAGAGACUGUGUACCCUGUCUCUUUCAGGACUGCGGACAGCGCUCCGGAGCCUGCUCCUCUCUGGACGGCGCAUUGGCCGAGCCCAGCUGUGACGUCAUUACCAAGGCCCAGAAGGUUCCGGAGGAGGGCGAGCGGAGCUGGGCGCUGAGCCAGGCGUGCGGGUACUACCGGCGGCGGUGCCCGCCAGGCGACAUGGAGAAGGAGGCGUGUGUGAGGAUCAUGGGCGAGAGCUGCAGUGCCCGCGUGCUCCAGUGUAGCCUCCUGAACACCAUGCAGAACCUGGAGCCUGCCACACAGACACGCACACAGGCAGUGUGUGGCCAGAGGCUGUCGGCGGUGCAGAACGUGACCCAGCCCCGCUCCCGUAUUGUGGGGGGUUCCCCAGCCCCCCCUGGCAGCUGGCCCUGGCUGGUCAACCUGCAGCUGGACGGGGGGCUGAUGUGUGGAGGGGUGCUGGUGGACAGCUCCUGGGUGGUGACCGCCGCUCACUGCUUCGCUGGCAGUCGCAGUGAGAGCUACUGGACGGCUGUGGUGGGAGAGUUUGAUAUCACCAAGCCCGACCCUGACGAGCAGGUGCUCAAGGUCAACCGCAUCAUCUCCCAUCCCAAGUUCAACCCCAAGACGUUUAACAACGACAUAGCGCUGGUGGAGCUGACGUCUCCAGUGGUCUUGUCAGACCGUGUGACCCCUGUGUGUCUGCCAUCAGGUCUGGAGCCACCUACUGGCAGCCCCUGUCUGGUGGCCGGCUGGGGCUCCCUCUACGAAGAUGGUCCUUCAGCUGACGUGGUGAUGGAGGCUAAGGUUCCCCUGCUGCCCCAGAGCACCUGUAAGAGCUCCCUGGGCAAGGAGCUGGUCACCAACACCAUGCUGUGUGCCGGAUACCUCUCUGGGGGCGUCGACUCCUGCCAGGGGGAUUCUGGAGGCCCUCUGAUCUACCAGGAUCGUAUGUCAGGUCGCUUCCAGCUGCAUGGCAUCACGUCCUGGGGAGACGGCUGUGGGGAAAAGGGCAAACCUGGGGUCUACACACGGGUCAGCGCCUUCUCCGAUUGGAUACUGGCUGAGAUACAGAAGUCCUUUGGGAGUCGGGAGCCAACUUGUCCUGAGCUGCUGAAGACGUCGGAGCUGUCGGAGGAGCAGCAGAGGUCGGAGUUUGGCUCUCUGUGUCGCUUCUACGCCCAGACCUGCCCCCCCAGCCAGGGGGCCGCCGCCUGCAACCGCCUUGUAGAAGAGAAAUGUCGCAUCCGCUUCAAGAAGUGCCAGUUGCGUUCGUUCCUGCAGACCCUGCUGGACUUGCUCCAGAGAGCAGAGGACUACAUCAGAGACAAGGUAGACCUGACCUUCUUCACCCAGACCCUGCCUCAGCUGGUGGAACAUAUCUACAGUACAGCCUUCACCGCCAAGGAGAGGGAGAAGAGGGGAACAGAACAGGUAUGGGGUGCUGUCCGGUCAGGGUCAGAGGAGACUGGUCCUGGGUUGUUCCAGAAGGUAGGCCCCCUGGUGGCUGACUGGGAGAACUACCUCAGGUGCAUCGCUGUGGAGUUGGACACACAGACACAUGGAGAGACAGACGGACAGACCGACUGCUCCAAAUCCCUGAACCAAGAAGAGAGUCUUUUCCUCCAGGCAGAGGACCCCUCUCUGCAUCAGCUAGAGGGGAAGUACCAGACCAUCAUCUCAGCCUUACGCUCCAAACUGGACUCCAGACCUGCUCCUCCAAUCCUGCACCUGAAUACAGCCCUCCUCCAGGAAAACUCUCCCAACAUUCCUGCAGUUCCCACCGGAGAGUCGCCCACUUCAUUCCCCCCUCAGGGGUCAGAGUCGCUCACAGCCCUCAUCAGUGAACUCCGGAAAUUUGGGACACAGAAUGAAAUGGCGACAGAAGAUGCAGAAAUUAGUGUAACAUCUUUUGAAGAGGACACGUUUUCUGAUCCAACACCAGUCGGUUCAAUGGAGACUUCAGAUUGGCUUAACAAAGCUGUGACUGAACAGACAACCUUACAGCGCCUGUUCCCGUCUCUGUCCGCCAUCGGCAGCACCAUGUCUCCCACAGCAACGACCUCUGACUCCAGACAGACUCUACUUCCUGGUUCUCCCUCCCUCUGGCUGUUCCUCGACCACAGGAGACGCAGGAGUCUCCGCAAGAGGCAGAUACCUGGGGUUAAAGCUUGUCCAGGAGUAGCAGAGUCCACCCAGCAUGUGAGUGGUAUCAGAGACACGUACAAGUGGAUCCUGGGCAUCCCCACCAAGAACCUCCGCAUGAACUUCCAGGAGGUGCUGGUGGACCUGAGCUCUAAGAACGAUCGGGGUCUGUACGAGGCUCGGGUCAGGGCGAUGGUGGGGGGUCAACCUCUGACCUUCUACAGCCUGGUGGGUCUGGAGAACGAGUCCUUCUACCGUAGCAUGCCGCGCAUCAUCGCUCUGGCGCUGGACGCUCUCAAAACGUAAACAAUAUCAACUUCAACAACAACAGAACAAACACACGUCAAAGACUCAGUGACUCAGCGAAGGCGUGGUGUAGUCAGCUUGUGGUGGCAGAGACCAGAGAGGAGGAACGAACCCAGUGUGACCUAGAAACUGGAGACUACUCAUUCAGAUGGGAGGCGAGAGGACAGGCACUGGGCAUUCUAAGAGACCUAAACAUUAGGAAUGUAACAAUUCACCAAUAUGCAUCAGUUCCCGGUUCAAAUGUUUAAGAUGCAAGUGCAUCGGUGGGCGGGAGCCCAAACUGAUCCAAAUUAAGUAUGCAUCGGUCAGAAAACCGAUUUUAAAACGUUGCAAAUCGCCAGUUCACUGUUUUUUACUCAUUGUUUUAUUCAGAAAAAGAAACUCAUAUUGAUGCGUCCUCUUUCAGGUCAGUAGCCUAUCAAACUUUUAUGAUGUAACUGCGUUUGAGUGUGGGAUAGCAGCUGUGCGCACAGUGCUGGAGACAGCUGCUCGCGCCAACGAGAGGUUGUUCUAAUAGGCUAUUCGUACAUCUGCAUUCAGAUGCUUGUAAAAUGGCUUUCACGAUGUCAAAUCAUACGGUUUAUUAGUUGAGUGACAACCAAUAUAAUUUGCCGGGUCAUUGUUACCAAAUGAGCUGUAGAAAGUUGUUUUACUGGAGUUGUGUAGCCUACCGGAAUGGAUGCAAUCAUUCAGAUUUUAUUUAGAUUGUUCAGGUUCACCAUAAGAAAUAGUUUUGGUAGUUUUGCUUUAAACAGUCAGUGUAUUUGGUCAUUUUUACAUGAACAGGGUAAGUUCAUUUAAGGACAGCAAUCAUUUUAGCCAGCUGCGCAUGGUUGCAUUCAUUCAUUGGUCAGAGCGGGAGAAGCUCUCCAUAUAAUUCCAAACGGUCUAAAUCAUUCACUUUUGAGACUGGGUAAAAUACAAAGCUGCAUUAUAUUCAUUGGCUAAAUGCCAUGCUAAUUUCUAAAGAUAAAUAUUGACAUAGUACUAGCUCAAAACAUGUUUAAUCUGCAAAAUGACAAGUUAAUCAGUGGGUGAUGGGGAUGUCAGAUAAAAAGUGGUGGGGGAAAAAGCAUAAAUUGCCCCCACCCCUAAUCUGAUAGUGGGGUGGUAGAUGUUCAGUCUGCCCUAUGGCUCAGCUCCGGUGCCUACACACACCAUUGACACACACACUCACUGAGGGCCACUCAGCUUAGAGAAGUCAUCUCCGACAGAUCCAGCUUAGAGAGGGCCAGCUCCCAUAAGCAGCAGUUAUUCAUUUAAAAUGGAAAAUGAAUGUGUUCAAUGUAACAACAAAAAAGUUCAUCGAAUUGCAUCAAUUCUUUCCCCUAAUCAAUCCAAAUCGCACCGACUCGUUUCAAACUAAAACGUAUCGUUCCUGUAUCGUAUUGGAGCCCAUGUAUCCAUAUGCGUAUCACAUCGUUCAUGAAAGGAGAGAUACACAUCCCUACUAAAACAUAAUACACACAAAUGGACACAAGUGCACGCGCACACACACACACACUCAGUGCGACUCUGCUGGUACACUCUGAAGCAGAGAGACGUUACAAUAUGACAUCAUGUCAACCCACCUGAGAGCCUGACCUCUAUGUACGCACAGCCCUGAAUGUAUUGGACCAUCCUGCCUAGCAACCAUUAAUGGAAAUGGGUUGUUGUUUUACAUGGCUGGCGAGACGCAGCCAUAGAUAUAGAUAGAGAACUCAUUUUUGUAUCUGUGUCGUUAAAAUGGUAGAAGCCCUCAAUGGCGAUGUCCAUGCUAAAACGGGUUGUAUCCAUCUAGAGUCCUCUAUCUAUCUCUAUGGACGCAGCCCAUUCUAACUUAUGAGCCUGUAUAAAUAAAUAAUUUAUUCAAAAUGUCUGUUUUUCUGCAAAAGGUUGAGCCUCUUGUGAAGCAUGCAGACUGUAGGCCCCUACAUUACUGUACAUUGGUAUAUUAUUUUUGUUGCUAUAUUUAUUUGUAUAGAG